UUUUAUGAUGGAACGGAGGCUCUUCUGGAUGACUCUCCCGUGGCAUAUAGCGCCGGCCGCUCGCCCCGUCCCGUCCCGAGGAGAGGAGAGGCUUCCAGAGUCGACAGUCCAGUCCAGGCUUUGGUUGGAGGGAACUCGGCGAAAUCCGGAGCGUCUCGCGUGCGCGUUGGGGAGUGUCAGCCGCCAUGGCCGCCAAGAGGGUGCUCCUGCUCUGCGGAGACUACAUGGAGGACUACGAGGCCAUGGUCCCGUUCCAGGCGCUGCAGGCGUACGGGGUGUCCGUCGACGCCGUCUGCCCCGGCAAGAAGGCCGGCGACGCCUGCCCCACCGCCGUCCACAAGCCCAUCGGCCACCAGACAUAUGCAGAGUCAAAAGGUCAUAACUUUGCACUUAAUGCUUCAUUUGAUGAGGUUGACGCUGCUGCAUAUGAUGGAUUGGUAAUUCCUGGAGGCCGUGCACCAGAAUACCUUGCGAUGGAUGAAAAAGUGCUUGCCUUAGUUAGGAAGUUCUCUGACGCUAAGAAGGCUAUUGCAUCAGUUUGCCAUGGACAGCUGAUUCUGGCAGCAGCAGGAGUUGUCAGGGACCGUACAUGCACCGCGUAUCCUGCUGUCAAGCCAGUUUUGGUUGCUGCUGGGGCCAAGUGGGUUGAAGCUGACACUAUGAAGAAAUGCGUCGUUGAUGGUAAUCUCGUCACUGCAGCGGCUUACGACGGUCACCCUGAAUUCAUCAGCCUGUUUGUGAAAGCACUUGGAGGCUCCGUCGCAGGCGCAGACAAAAGGAUUCUGUUCCUUUGCGGGGAUUACAUGGAGGAUUAUGAGGUGAUGGUCCCGUUCCAGGCCCUGCAAGCCCUUGGCUGCCAUGUCGAUGCGGUUUGCCCCGACAAGGGCGCUGGGGACAAGUGCCCAACUGCCAUCCAUGACUUUGAAGGCGACCAGACUUACAGCGAGAAGCCCGGUCAUGAUUUCGCUCUAAACGCGUCGUUUGACAGCGUGGACGCUUCAAGCUACGAUGCGCUUGUGAUUCCCGGUGGGCGCGCCCCUGAGUACCUUGCAUUGAACGAGAAGGUGCUCAGCUUGGCCAAGGGGUUCAUGGAUAAAGGGAAGCCGGUCGCGUCGAUCUGCCACGGGCAGCAGAUCCUGGCUGCUGCUGGGGUUCUUGAGGGUCGGAAGUGCACGGCGUACCCUGCGGUGAAGCUGAACGUGGUGCUGGGCGGGGGGACGUGGCUGGAGCCGGACCCGAUCCACCGGUGCUUCACGGACGGCAACCUGGUGACGGGCGCGGCGUGGCCGGCGCACCCGGAGUUCGUGGCCCAGCUCAUGGCCCUGCUGGGCAUCAAGGUCUCCUUCACCACUGUCUCGUGGCAUUGUUGGUGGUUGAAGCAAGCAAUAAAGCCUGUGUCGUCGUUACUGGUACCCUGACUUUUUUUCGACGCCGUUGCUGCGUGGCUUCUCUAGCUCGUCUCUGGACGGCCAGGGAGCAGUUCACGCUGCAGCCUGCAGCUGGGAUGCAUCGCCGGAAGCUCACAAGAAGGAAGCAAAUUGAACACACGCUUAUACAAACCUUCCUCCUUAGUUAGGUCCUCCUUGCUUUAAUUCUACUCCCUCCAUUUCUAAAUAUAAGGGCCUGUUCGGCUCUCCACCAGCUCUGCAAAAUUACGGAAUCUGUGGAGCACCUACUUUUCAACUCCGCGAUUUUAGCCUGCAGCUCCGCGGAGCGGAGGGACCCUAAGUCUUUUAAAUUUUUUAAUAUGGAUUAUAUACGGAUGUAUGAAGACGUGGGUAAGUCUUUUAAAUUUUUUAAUAUGGAUUAUAUACGAAUGUAUGAAGACGUGGGUAAGUCUUUUAAAUUUUUUAAUAUGGAUUAUAUACGGAUGUAUGAAGACGUGGGCAACCCUCGUACGAGGCGAUUGCCACUAUGUGGGCUCAUAAUCUGAUCACUCUUUCGGCUAUCUGAAAGUGCAGGAAUCAA